AUGAUGCCAGACGGUGCUUCUGUCCCAAUCAACAAAUGCUUGAGUGGUAAUUGUGUUUCAAAUGGAGUUUCUGUAGUUGGUGAUUGUGAAGACAGUGGCAUUUAAUUUAGUAAUAAUUCAACUCCAACCCCCAGCGAAUGUCCCUCCAUUUCAAUCUCCAACAGCUUGCAGUUCUCGCCACUUUCAAAUACUUUAAGAUUGCGUAGCUGGAGUUGCAGUGCAUCCCAGGUCUCCUCUUCAGUGUGGAGUGCCUUCGCUGGUAAUUUCGACGAUGGUUCUUCACACCUAACUUCAACCGACGACCAGGAGCUGCUUCUUGCCUACCAGACGCCUUCUCCGUCAAUCCGUGAAUGGGACUGCAAAAGAGUACAGAAAUGGCUGGAGGAGAGUGGUCUGUCCCAUUACAUCUCUUUAUUGGAUUGGUUGGAUGGACCCCUCCUGUGGGAACUUGCUUGGCAUAGAAUCCGCGCCUGCGAUGUCUUCUUUUUAAACCUCGAAUACUCCCUGAAUAUGUCCCAGCAAGAUCAAGUCCUUCUCUUUAAUGCACUAUCGCGUCUAACGAGCGUUGAAUAA